AUGUCACAAAACAAUCCCCCACCAGGUUCUGAAGCUCUUGUACAAGCACUUCGCCAAACACUACAUGGCCUGAUCCAGGACCCUUAUCCUCAUGUCCCAAACCCCGAUAGCUGCAAGAAACGCGCAUCCGUUGCCCUCAUCCUACGCGUUCGACCACAUUUCAACCACCGGCCCUCUAAAGCCUCCGAAACCUCCGAGACCUCCAAUUCUUCCGCACAAGACUACCGCCAGGAUAGACCCGCCGGGGAAGUUAUCAAUGGGUUUUUUGAGCAGUCAUGGGUAAAGCAUGGCGACCCGGAAGUGGUGUUUAUAAAGAGGGCUGCGAGAGAAGGAGAUAGGUGGACGAGCCAUGUUGCGUUACCUGGAGGGAAGCGGGACCCGGAGGAUGAGGACGACAAGGCUGUUGCGAUACGGGAAACUGCUGAAGAGAUCGGGCUGGACCUUAGAUCUCCCCACGCGCUGUUCGUUGGGAAUCUGCCUGAGCGGGUUGUCAGUACUUCGUGGGGAAAGGUUCCAUUGAUGGUGCUCUGUCCUUUUGUAUUUCUCUGGAUGGAGCCCGAGCUACCACCACUUAAACUACAGCCAGCAGAGAUUGCUUCAACGCAUUGGGUGCCUCUCCGAAUUCUUCUGGCGCCACAAUCCCGCACUUUCGAAUACGUUGAUGUAUCCGAUAGAUUCGCCCGAAGAGGGGGCACUAUACUGAAGACUGCAAUUAGAUCUGUGCUGGGGAAGAUGGAGUUCUCCGCCAUCAAAUUGGUGCCAUCGGAGUCGCUAUCCUGUAGUACUACUGCCGAAUUCUUCUCGCCAGAAACCGAAUCCAAUACAUCAUGGGGAGGGGGAUUCUACAGAUGGUAUUUGGGAGACCAUGCGGGAUCAUCUGAAAGAACGCGGCCACUGUUGCUUUGGGGACUGACUCUAGGCAUGUUGGCAGAUUUUCUAGAUCAACUGCCGCCACACAACGCUGUCCAGUUGUGGUCAUACCCCACAUUUACAUCGCUAGACGUCAGGUUUAUCAUUGGUGUUCUCACUCGCCGUCUGAAGCAAAGAAAUCAGAGUCGCCUGCAAAGUGGGAAUCAAACAGCUGUUGAUAGUCAAACGGAAGCUGUUGCUACAGGUGAUAAUCCGUGGUUUAUUGGUGAUUUGAGUGAUGGAAUGAAGCAUCCGGGGAAAGGGAAGAAUGCUACCAAGUCUUAUGCUGUUGGUGUUAUGUUGGAUGGCUAUUAUGACAUGGCCAGACGUGGGGUUUGGAUCGCUGCAAGUGUUCGACUGAUUGCCACUACUGCAGUCUUAUUCUAUGCUGUCAAGAAGUUCAGAUCGAGGUAG